GGUACGACGCCGCACCUCGGGCCCAAAGGCGCCCUCCCGCCUUCCGUAGGGAGGGCGGGGCCGCCGCAUCCAUCGCUCGGCGCUCUCCUAGGCAGUCGGUCGUGAUCAGACGAGCAGUGAGCGAUCGAUAGUCCGUGUGCCGGCCUGACCACUGAGAGAGGGCCGCAGUGUCCCGACCAAAGAGGACAAGACAUCGUCCACAUGCGAGAGAGGUGCUGAUCUGACCCCGCUGGAUGGCCCAGAUGACAGAAGGCACCCAGAGUCACGGAGGCCCCGGGGUGGCAGCUGGCGCCCUCUGGGAAGCCCUCAGGGCUCUGCUGCCGGGCACUCAGGAGGAGCUGAGGCUGGAGCUCGGGGACGCGGUGGACAGGAGCGUCGUGCUGCUGCUGCGGCAGGCCACCGCGCACUUGUACGGGGACCGGCGGGCCGAGUGCCUGCAGGACAGCGAGGCGCUCCUGGACGUCGCCUGGGAGAGGCUCAACACGGGGCCCUGGCGGGACGUGCACAAGGACUGGCGGCGGGUCUACGCCUUCGGCUGCCUCCUGAAGGCCCUGUGCCUGUGCCGGGCGCCCCGCGAGGCCACCGCGGUCACUGAGGCCCUGCGGGUGUGCGACAUGGGCCUGCUGAUGGGGGCGGCCAUCCUGGGGGACGCCCUCCUCAGGGCCGCCGCGGUCCUCCAGGCGCACCUCGGCUCUGGAAAGAGGCCCGCCCGCCCCAGCCCGGAGCCGCCCGGCGCCAAGCAGAGAGCCAGACGCCACCGCGUCCCCACUCCAGAGCUGGAGCCCGAGAGGGCCGUGCCCCGGCUGCGCCGCCCGUCCCUGCAGCACUUCCAGGAGCAGUUCUUGGUUCCCGAGAGGCCCGUGAUCCUGGAAGGCGUGGCUGACCACUGGCCGUGCAUGAAGAAGUGGAGUUUGGAGUACAUCCAGGAGGUGGCUGGCUGCCGGACGGUGCCCGUGGAAGUUGGCUCCCGGUACACAGACGAGGAAUGGUCCCAGAGGCUCAUGACCGUUGGGGACUUCAUCAGCAAGCACGUCGUGAGCGAGGCCAGUGACAUCGGGUACCUUGCGCAGCACCAGCUCUUUGACCAGAUCCCGGAGCUGAAACAGGACAUUGGCAUCCCUGAUUACUGCUGCCUGGGCGACGGGGAGGAGGACGAGAUCACCAUCAAUGCCUGGUUCGGUCCCCAAGGAACCGUGUCCCCACUGCACCAGGACCCGCAGCAAAACUUCCUGGUGCAGGUGAUGGGGAGGAAGUACAUCCGGCUCUACUCCCCACGGGACUCGGCAGCUUUGUACCCACACGAAACGCACCUUCUUCACAACACCAGCCAGGUGGACGUGGAGGAUCCCGACCUGGAGAAGUUCCCCCGGUUUGCCGAGGCGCCCUUCCUGGCCUGCACCCUGUCCCCUGGAGAGAUGCUCUUCAUCCCCGCCAAACACUGGCACUACGUGCGGGCCCUGGACCUGAGCUUCUCCGUCAGCUUCUGGUGGUCGUAGCCAGGAGCCACUCGGCGUCCGCUGACCGCUCGCUCGCUCCUGGGCCUGGGCCUGGUGUGGUUCCAGCCCCGGGCUCUGGACGAGCAGAGCUGUGCCCCGGGCCCAUUGUGGCACGGGAGGCGAGAGGAGCCCAGGAGGACAUUCUGGACUGUCCACCCACAUGGAGCUGCCGCGUCAGAAAGCUGGACACGUCUGGGAAAGGGCAGGCGGUGUGUCCAGUGGAAAGCGUGGGGGUGAGCGCAGCUGCAGGGUCCCAGCCGGCCCACUGCUGCACCUCCAUGGUGGCCAAGACGCCUGGCCCUGGUGCCCGCCCCUCUAGAACACAGAGCGGUGGUGGCCUCUUCCAGAGGCCGCAGAGGCUCACGCAGUGGCCAGAGCUCCUGGCACUCAUCUCAGCUGUGAUGUGGACUUCAUCAUGGCCAGGCCCGGGGAGCACCACAGCCUGCAGGCUCUGGAGAGGUGGGUGAGGCCCUGGGUACAGGGGAGGGUCCUUGUCACCUGCAUAGCAGCCUAAACCCAGUGGCAGACUUCUGUCCUCCUUACUGAAGCACAGACUGCUGCCAGUGUCAGUGCUAGGUGGCGGAUUUUCCUGAGCACACACCCAGGACAGGUGCCCAGGGAAGGACCAGGGCUGCACCCCUAGGAGAACCUGCUCUCCCUCGGGCCUUCAGGUCAGCAGAGCCGGGCCUCCCGCCUGUGUGGGCCGCCAACUUCCCGCCUCCUACUGCAGACAGGAGAAGGGCAGAGGGUGGGCGUCGUGCAGCAGGGUCUGGACCUGGACAGCAUCCAUCCACCAGGUGACCAUGAGGUGGAGGAUCCGCUCCAAACCAAUCAUAAGAGGAAACUUAAAAACCAAGGAACCUUUAUGUAAAACAUCUCAUUCCUUCAACUAAAAACCUCCAGGUGUUAUGCCAACAUGUUAAUCAUAUUCAGUUUUGGGUGGCAAUAUGUGGGGGGUGUUAAAACAAAUACAGGGCUGGUUGUGACUGAGUGGUGGAGCACAUGCCUAGCACGUGUGAGGCACUGGGGUAAAUAAAGGUCCAUACGUCUAAAAAAGUAUUUUGCAAAAAUACAACUAAUGCUCAGACGUGCAAAUUAGACUAAAUCAGCACCUCGCGCUCAGUGCUGGGAGGGACAGCGCCCGUGGUGGGCCUUAGCAGGAGGUCAGCAAAAGCAAGCGGCUCCGACACUCAGGCCCACCGUGGGCGGCCCGCCCCACGCUGGGAACCCACCCUGAGGAAGCAGCAGGAGGAUGGAGGUGUACGGCCUGCGGUGGCGUGAGAGACGUGACAUCAUGGGGUAGAGUGGCCUUCAGGGAAGGAGUGUUGUUCACCCCUGGAACCUAGGACGGUUUUUCUUUUUAAUUUUGUUGGUCUUUUUUUUUUCAUUUUUGGGUUUUUUUUUUUGUUGUUGUUCUGAACAGUUAGAAUUGUUAAGGCCAUGGAGAGGGGCUGUCCUGUUAAGUGAAAUGCAUGUUCUUCAUUUUUAGCUAGUGACCUCACGUGCAUACCUGUCUAGGUGUGCGUCUGUGGGCAUGACAGUGUGACUGUGUGCGUGUGCGCAUGUGCGCGUGUCCCAAGGGAAAGGCUCCAGGUGAACUGUGGGCACGUCGGGGCCGGCAGGAAGACUAUGGGCGUUUACUUUUUAUAACAUUUCUCAGUGAAUCAGUUUUUUUCAAUAAUAUAAAUAAACAAGAAAAAUAUAAUUA